AUGAGGCUGUAUUCAGGAACCCAGGCCUGGAGGCGGUCCCAGACCCAGACCCUGAUCCUGGCCCCAGCCCUGGUCCUGAUCCUGGUCCUAGGGGCGGUGGCCCAGAAACUUCCCACCCGGGACGAGGGUCUGUUCCAGAUGCAGAUCCGAGACAAGGCCCUUUUCCAUGACUCCUCCGUCAUUCCCGACGGAGCCGAGAUCAGCGGAUAUCUGUUCAGGGACACGCCCAAAAGGUACUACUUUGUGGUGGAGGAGGACAACACGCCGCUGUCAGUGACAGUGACGCCGUGUGACGCCCCGCUGGAGUGGAAACUCACCCUGCAGGAGCUCCCAGAGGACGCCAGCGGAGAGGGAUCAGGUGAGCCUGAGCCCCUGGACCAGCAGAAGCAGCAGCAGCAGCAGCAGGGGACGGUGGACGAGGGGGCGGAGCUCUUCUCCUACAAAGGCAACGACGUCGAGUCCUACGUGGCCACCAGCACGCCGUCCGGACUCUACCAGCUGGAGCUGCUCUCCACCGAGAAGGACAGCAACUUCAAGCUCUACGCCACCACCACCCCGGAGUCCGACCAGCCCUACCCCGAGCUUCCCUACGACCCCAGGGUGGACGUGACGGCCCUGGGCCGUACCACCGUCACCCUGGCGUGGAAGCCCACCCCCACGGGGCAGUCGAUGGGCCAGCCGGUGCAGUACUGUGUCGUCAUCAACAAGGAGCACAACUUUAAGAGCAUGUGCGCCGCCGAGGCCAAGAUCAACGCCGACGACGCCUUCAUGAUGGCGCCCAAACCCGGCCGCGACUUCAGCCCCUUCGACUUCGCCCACUUCGGCUUCCCCCCUCCCGACAACGACUUUGGCAAGGACCGGGGCGGCGCCGGCAACAAGAUCUCCCGCUCCUUCCAGGCCAAGCCCCGGAACGCCGACAUCGUCAAGGUGUGCAUCGGCAACAAGAACAUCUUCACCGUGUCCGACCUGAAGCCCGACACGCAGUUCUACUUCGACGUGUUCGCGGUGAACGCCGCCACCAACACCAGCACGGCAUACGUGGGCACGUUCGCCCGCACCAAGGAGGAGGCGCGGCAGAAGACGGUGGAGCUGAAGGACGGCAAGGUCUCCGACGUCUUCGUCAAGCGGAAGGGCAGCAAGUUCCUGCGCUUCGCCCCCGUCUCCUCCCACCAGCGGGUGGUGCUCUUCGUCCACGCCUGCCUGGACGCCGUCCAGGUGCAGGUGCGCCGCGACGGCAAGCUCCUCCUCUCGCAGAACGUCGAGGGCGUCCGGCAGUUUCAGCUGCGCGGCAAGCCCAAGGCCAAGUACCUGAUCCGCCUGCGAGGGAGCCGGAAGGGCGCGUCCACCCUGAAGGUCCUGGCCACCACUCGGCGCACCAGCAAGCAGCCGUUCCCCUCCCUGCCCGAGGACACCCGCAUCAAGGCCUUCGACAAGCUGCGCACCUGCUCGUCCGCCACCGUAGCCUGGCUGGGGACGCAGGACCGCAACAAGUACUGCGUGUACCGCCGCGAGGUCUCCGACGGUUACGGCGAGGAGCAACGCCGCCGCGAGCAGAACCAGUGCGCCGGGCCGGAGACCCGCCGGAAGUCGGAGAAGGUCCUCUGCAAGUACUUCCACAGCGCCAACCUCCAGAAGGCGGUCACCACGGAAACCAUCACGGGGCUGGAGGCGGGGAAGACGUACCUGUUGGACGUUUACGUGGUGGGGCACAGCGGGCACUCCGUCAAAUACCAGAGCAAACUGGUGAAAACCAGGAGAUACUGCUAAAAGACUCUGAAUAAAUCUAUUAUAAUUAAAUCUAUAUAUAUGAAAAAAAAAAGUUUAUUUAACUCUAAGUGAUAUUCUACUAAGGAGUGCGUACAGACUGAGGCAGCCAGGGAGCCCGUGGCCCAGACUGAACUGUUCGUAGAGAGAGAUAUCAACCUGUAUAUUUAUGUUUACAUUUCGUUGUGGCGUGGCGAGCGACCCUGUAGCCCGAUGAGUUCUGAGACCGCCGCCGCGAUCUUGGCAUCUCGGUGCCAACCUCUAGACAGAGCUUCAAACAAGAGCAUUCUCAUUCCCCUACGUCUGUGUUGUUGCUGCAUGACUUUUGCGUUGUAUUGGUUUGUUCCUCCAGUUUCAAUUCAACCCGCAGAGAUCCCAACCCCUGUAUAGUUCUCUCCCUGGAUGUAUACACGAAACGCUGAGGAGAAAUUUAAAUUAUUUUAUACUUUGUUUUGCCUCUUGUUGUUUCUUUUUUUGUUGUCGUUGUUGUUUUUUUGGGGGGAUUGAUCGUGCGUUUUCUAUUGACUCUUUGCUCUUAGGAGGAGUUGUGGGAGGAGCUUAGGAGGAGGUUUUCCAGUUGUGGGAGGAGCUUAGCGUCCGUUGAGACAUUCCUGUGUGUAUCUCAGCCAGUGUAGGCCCUAGAGUCCGUCUGUAAAUGUGUUGUGUGCUGAAGGCCUGUGUUGUCACUGUAUCACUGUGUCUGUCACAUGUACAGAGUUGUCCUGCCAAUAUUCAUGUACAUAAACACUAAAUAUAGACCCAGUAAUCCCGGUGUCA